CCGCCGACGAUCAUGAUUGGAGUAAUUCCCCUCCUGGUGACGCUCUUCCACCUCUCCCUGCUUCCUCCCUCCUCCGCCCAAUACUUCCACUCCAAAUCCACCCCCGAGGACGGCGACUUCUUGACGGAGGAGAGUUCGUCCUUCGCCCACACUUUCGGGGGUCUGUCGCACAAACACGGCACUUUCUGGGACGGAUGGAUGAAAGGAUGGUUCGACGGACUCAAACUCUGCAGCGAGAAACACGGGUUCGGAGGAGGCGGUUCGGGUUACGGCUAUUCGGGCCCCUUAAAAAUAGGGCACGCCGACGGCACUCCCGUCCACCACUACGUCAAACAAGAACACGGAGCCCACAAGAGUUACAAAAGUUGGGGCAAAAAAUGGCACUGACCCCACUCCCGUCCCUCCCCUAUUUACGUAGUCGACAAGU